AAAGAGAAUCGCCGCCACCCACCAAUCCAACUUCUCUGCGUACAACAUGUCUGAUGACGAAAGACCAAAACGAAGAGAGUGAGGAAGGGUGAAGGAGGAGAUGACGGACCUAAAACCAAGGCGGCUGAGGGGCCACAAGGCCACUGCCACGUGUUGCAUCGCCUCUGUUGCUACCCCUGGCCUCGUCGCCACUGCCGGAGAGGAUGGCUGCGUUUGCUGGUUUGAUAUGCGAUGCAAAGAUGUGAUAGAUAUUAUGGAGGUGGGAGAGGAACCCGUUUCAUCAUUAUGUUUCAGGCCAGGAAAUGAAAAUAUGAUAUUUGUUUCAUCUGAGAAGCAAGUCAAGAGCUUUGAUGUGCGUCUGGGGAGUUCUUGCUCAUGGAAGCCAUUGGAGAGUUAUGAUUAUAAUAAAGAGGAGAUAAAUCAGAUUGCAUGCAACUCUAAGUCUUCUUUUCUUGCUGCUACGGAUGAUGGCGGUGAAAUUAAGAUUAUUGACAUUUGUCAGAAACGCAUUUACAAAACAUUAAGAGCUGGCCAUACAAGUAUUUGUAGCAGCGUGCAAUUUCUUCCUUGGAGACCGUGGGAAGUUAUCACUGGAGGUCUUGAUUCAAAGCUUGUGAUGUGGGAUUUUUCCAAGGGGCGCCCUAACAAAAUUAUGAAUUUUGGCUUGUCUGACGCAAAUAAUGGUGAUGGCAAGGAACAGUGUUUCAAUCCUGCUUUUGUUCACGCAAUAGCAGUUCCAGAAAUUGAUAUGUUAGACAAAUCAGACAAGGUUUGUGUUGUGGCUAGGGGUGAUGGUGCAGUUGAUGUGAUUAAUAUAGAAGCUGAACUUGCUACCAUGAGGUCAAAAGGUUCUAGAAAACCUCAGAAAGGAUCUCAAUCAAGAUCAAAAGAAAAGGAAAUCCCAGAUCAAAAUGGAUGGAAAAGGUUGCAUUUGGAUUACUCAUCAGGCGGUCAUACUGCUGCAGUCUCUUGUGUGGCAUUUUCGUUGUUUGGGGAUAGAGGAAGAUUUAUAAUUUCAGGUGGAAAUGAUAAGUUGGUAAAGGUCUGGGAUUGGACCAAGUGUCUUGAUGCGGGACAGACAAUCAGCAGCAGUGAUCUUCUACAUUUGAAUAUCAACCUCAGCAAAAAAGUCAAUUGGCUCUGUACUACUCCGGCUGAUAUGGAAAACCUAGUUGUUUGUGAUACAACUAAGGUGGUAAAGGUCUAUUCUGUUGCCUAGAUUAAAGCUGCGGUAUCAUUGAAUAUAGAAGCUUAUAGUCUCGUGUGGCAAACUCAUUCUGGCUCUAGGAAAACUUGUCUACUCUUUGCAUUUUGUGCCUUGAACGAUGCAAUCCUUGAUCGCCAAAAUCAGCUUGAUGCAAUCCUUGAUCGCCAUAAUCAGCUUGAUGCACUUUUAAGGGUUCGUUCACCCCUGUAUCCCAUGAUUUGUAGAUGUUUUCUACUUGUGUUAAGUUGGGAAAUCAGAUGCUAGUCUGCAACUCUCUAUCAUGUCACUGCUGGGAUCGCCUGUUAUUUGUUUUGUUUUUGGAGUUUUUGUUGGUAUGUCUUAAACACAAAAUUGUGAACUCCAUAUUGA